AUGAAGUUAAAUAUAUCUACAGUAUGUUUGAUCCUUUUACUCUCUUCCUCUACCACAAUAGCGGCUCCAACUAGGCCAGUCGGUAGAGGUGAAGGCUUCGGAAGUGAAGGAGGAAAUGGUUAUAGUGAAGGAGGAAAUGGUGAAAAUAAUGUAAAUAAUGGUGAAAGUGAAAACGAAGGAUCUGGAUCCAACGGUGUAAAUAAGAAACGUGUAUAUAAGAAACGUGGUGGACAAGGCCAAGGUGAUAACCAAGGUUCAGAAAACGGCAAUGGCGUGAGUAAGAAACGCCAAGAUUCCGGUGAUGACCAAAGUUCAGAAUCAGGAAACGGCAAUGGUGCGAGCAAGAAACGCCAAGAUUCCGGUGAUGACCAAAGUUCAGAAUCAGGAAACGGCAAUGGUGCGAGCAAGAAACGCCAAGAUUCCGGUGAUGACCAAAGUUCAGAAUCAGGAAACGGCAAUGGUGCGAGCAAGAAACGCCAAGAUUCCGGUGAUGACCAAAGUUCAGAAUCAGGAAACGGCAAUGGUGCGAGCAAGAAACGCCAAGAUUCCGGUGAUGACCAAAGUUCAGAAUCAGGAAACGGCAAUG